AUGUCUAGUAGAUCAUCAUCAUCAGGUUUUUCAUCGAUUCUACAUGAAUCAUUUCUACCGACUUUAACUUUACAAACAGUAUGUGAUAUUCAACGAGCUGAUAUCAAUGCUCGUGCAAUAUUUUGUGGCGAACAAGAUUGUCGUUUAAAUGAAUUACGUCGUAUGACUGGUGCUAUUAUUGAUCUUAAUAUAGUUCAAGAUACAAAACAUCCAUUUGAACGAGUUAAUUGGACGAUAUCACAUCGUAAUACAGAAAUUCGUGAUUUUGUUGUACGUCGUCUUAAUCAUUGGAUGCAACAAACACAAAUUGCAUGUGAUAUGGCUUAUGAUGAUGCUAUUUUUCUACAAGAAAAACAUGAAAAAAAAAUGAAAAAAUCACAACUACCACCACCACUUUCAUCAGCUAAUUUUGGACGUCGAUAUCGAACACGAAGUUUAACUCAAUCAGAUAUUACAAGUUUGAAAUCAAAAUGUGAUAAUACACCUAGUACACCAUCAGCUUCAUCAUAUAAAUGUCAAACACCUUUCACAGGUCUUCUUGGUCGAACAUUAUUAAGUACUGAUCGAAAUCUUGGUUCACGAUAUACUAAUCGUAAAAGAUUAUUUACACCUAGUAAACAUAUUCCUCAAACUGAAGAAAUAUUAUCUAAUCGUGCAAUUGAGAAUGUUGAAAUGACUCCAAUUGAAAUCAAUCAAUUAAUGGAAACAGCAAAAUGUGCAGGAGUUUUAUCGGAUACAUCCGAACAUGAAUUGAAUGAAAAUCGAGUUUGCUUUGCAGAUACAGUAUCAUUAUCAAAAUUAGCUGAAAUGUUACGAAAUAAUGAAUUAAAAUCUACAUCUGAUAUAUGUGAAAUUGAUAAAGUUAUACAACAGAGUACAAUGAAUGUAACAAAUCGUGCACAAACACGACAAUUUAAUGGUAAAAGAUAUUGGUUUCAUCGUGUUAUACUUGAUAAUCAUAUACAAUUUCCUGCUGGAAUAAGUCAAGAUACAAAUGAAGCACGACGACUUGCUUAUCGACAUAUGAUCGAUGUAUGUUUAAAUAAUGGUGGUGUUAAAAUGAAAAUGUUAACUGGUAAUCGAGUUAAAGUUGUCAAAGGACCAAAAUUAGAAGAAAAAAAAAAUCUUCAUAAUACUGAUGAAUUAGAUAUGAAUGCUACAUACAUUUCAGUGAAUGAUUUAUCAUGUUUAUCUCAAUGCAAUAUGGUACAUUAA